UUAAAAAAAAAAGAAGAAGAUAUUUUGAAUAAAAUGACAAACGAAAGAACUUCAAUUUUCGUGUCAAAUACCCACUUGAUAGAAAUAAAAAUGGCGCCAGUUGCUUUCUCCAUUGGAUACCACAUUCAAUCUGACAACAGAGUAUGGUGGUAGUAUACAAACAUCAUGUUUGUCCUACUCUUCAUAACCAAGUCAAACACAAGAAAUCAAUUUCUUCACCAAUCAAUAAAUCAGACCAAAGAAAAAUAAAGUCUCGAGUAACGACAUACAAACACAAAAUAUAUCAAAAUGAGUUACUAUAAAAAAAAAAAAAAGUAUUGGCAUAAUAUUUUGGUGAAUGAUUCUAUAAGAAAACAAUGAAAGAAAACAUUUUUUUUAAAAUCUCUUCCACAAGAUAUUCACUUUCUGUAGCAACAGUGGGUAGUGGCUCACAAAAUAUAUUACUUAUAUAAGAGAGCUGGCAUUGCAUUCAUCUCCAGCUCACUUGUCUUCGCUAUCAAUUACAAAUAGUGAAGACGGGGAAAUAAGGCAAGAAAGAUAGAAAUGGGUUCAAUGAGUGAUGAGGUCAAACAACCAAAAACCUAUUGGAGAUGGAGCAAACAAGAUUUUUUUCCAGAAGAAUCUUUCAAAAACUGGGGAACAUACCGUUAUGCGCUAUUGCAUACAUGUUCACGGUUCAAGGACCGUCUCGUAAGCCGAUCGGACGAUGCCAACGAGAUUGGGGAGCUCCGGAAACAAAGUGAAAACGAUAUGAAACGGUGCCUGACAUGGUGGGACCUGACCUGGUUUGGAUUUGGCUCUGUGAUUGGAGCAGGCAUCUUUGUGCUCACGGGCCAAGAAGCCCAUGACCAUGCCGGACCAGCCAUUGUUUUAUCCUAUGUUGCUUCGGGUGUUUCAGCAAUGCUCUCCGUUUUCUGCUACACCGAAUUCGCAAUAGAAAUUCCUGUAGCCGGUGGAUCGUUCGCUUACUUGAGAGUAGAACUAGGAGACUUUGCAGCAUUUAUAACAGCAGGGAACAUACUUCUUGAAAGCAUCAUUGGAAGUGCAGCUGUCGCUAGAGCUUGGACUUCUUACUUCACAACUCUUCUGAACCGUCACUCCAAUUCCCUGCGUAUACAGACAAAUCUUGCAAGUGGAUACAACCUUCUGGACCCAAUUGCUGUUGCAGUUCUAGCCAUUGCAGCGACAAUUGCUAUAUUGAGCACAAGGAAAACCUCGUACUUCAAUUGGAUUGCAUCUGCAAUAAACACUGUUGUAAUUUUGUUUGUGAUAAUUGCAGGGCUUGCACAUGCAAAAACCUCUAAUCUGACACCUUUUCUGCCUUAUGGUGUGAAAGGGGUCUUCCAAGCAGCAGCGAUCGUGUACUUUGCCUAUGGCGGAUUUGACAAUAUUGCAACCAUGGCAGAGGAAACAAAAAACCCAUCAAGAGACAUACCAAUCGGAUUGCUUGGGUCGAUGUCAAUCAUCACCGUUGUAUAUUGCUUGAUGGCUCUUUCGUUGAGCAUGAUGCAGAAGUACACAGACAUAGACCCCAAUGCAGCUUACUCCGUUGCAUUUGAGAGUGUGGGUAUGAAAUGGGCGAAGUACCUGGUAGCACUUGGAGCUCUCAAGGGGAUGACCACAGUUCUUCUGGUAGGGGCGCUCGGGCAGGGACGCUACACUACUCAUAUUGCACGGGCCCACAUGAUCCCGCCAUGGUUCGCUCUCGUCCACCCAAAGACCGGAACCCCAAUAAAUGCUACACUGUUGAUAACCAUUUGCAGUGCUUGCAUUGCUUUCUUUUCGAGCUUGGACGUUUUGGCAUCUUUGUUAUCCGUGAGCACAUUGUUCAUAUUUAUGAUGAUGGCAGUUGCACUUCUCGUCAGGAGAUAUUAUGUAAGAGGGGUCACAUCUCAAGUACACCUCCUGAAGUUAGUUAUCUUGUUGCUGAUCAUUAUUGCUUCAUCCAUGGGGACCACAGCUUACUGGGGAUCCAGCCCCAACGGUUGGGUUGGUUAUGCUGUCACUGUUCCUCUUUGGUUCUUGGGGACUCUAGGGAUUUCAGUGCUCUUGCCACAGCAGAGGACACCAAAGGUUUGGGGGGUCCCACUUGUCCCGUGGUUACCAUCUUUGUCAAUUGCAACGAAUUUGUUUCUCAUGGGAUCUUUGGGAGCUGAGGCGUUUAUAAGGUUCGGUGUUUGCACUGCUGUAAUGCUGGUUUACUAUGUGUUUUUUGGUCUCCAUGCGACUUACGAUAUGGCUCAUGAACAACACAAUCCAGAAUCAAUGACGGUCGCUGAGGCAGACACCGUAGGAACUGCAGGGCCUUGAAUUACUGAAAUCUCUCAUGCCCUGUUGAGAAGGAUCCUUCUUGAUGAGUGCUGCGAAACAGUUUAAUAAUAGAAUACUACAAGUUUCGAAAUUAGUAUCUGAAAAGAGCAAGUUAUUCUCAAUGUAACACUAGCGAGAAGAAAAAACAGGUUCCACUUGUGGCAGCAAUGAAAGAGGAACUAUCUCUCUCCCUCUCUCUCUCUCUCUCUUUGUGUUUCUCUCUAUAUGGAAAUGUGUGUUGUGUAUUUAUGUGUGCUGAAACAAAGGUAUACGUGUAGGUAGCCUAUACACAAAUCACAAUCAAAUAGAUCUUGAAAUAUGAUCUGCACAGCCCCAUGAAAAUGCCAUAGAGAGAGAGAGAGAGCAAGAGUAAUAAAUGAGUCUUAAGUAGAUUCAAAUUUGGCAAAUAUGGUGAUGUGGGUCCAAAUUACCCUCCUUGAGAAACAAGAUUUGGUGCAGCUAUUUUUGGGUCUGAAUUUUCUGCCAUCGGGUUAAAUAUGAUUCACAUCAAUAGGCUGCUGAAAGUAUUUCCACUUGAAGCCAAUUGUUUUCAAAUCGAAACAAACUCUUCAACUCCUUAUAUGUCCCCAAUCAAGGAGAAUAGAUGCAUGAUCCAAAGUCAGUCUCGGCACAUAGGCACCCCUUGAUUGUAAGACCAUCUAAAGGUUCCCUAACUUAAGGAAGACCCAAACAACUCUAAAUCGUCAAUGAAAUCCAAAAAGUCCCUCAUGAAUCUAUUAAUGGAAGAGCAAGUUCACCUUUCAAUAGGAAAAUUAACCAUACUAAAAUCUCCUCCAUUGCACCACAAGAUAUCCCAUCCAAAACCAAUAGCAGCUAACUCCUCCCAUAAAUCUCCCCUUUCUCCACUCUCCACUGGGCCAUAACACAUCAAAACAGCCAAGGAGGCCAUCAUCAACACAUUUGGUUUGGAAAGACAACGACAUGGAGUAAAUUCUCCUCUUCUAUCCCACAUGAUCAGCACCUCCUACUGUGCUAAACGUCAGAGACAGUUAAAUAAAAUGUUCUUUCUUCUUUUUAACUUCCUUGAUUUUUGUCUUAGAAAACAAUGAAAGAUCAUCAUCUAAGGAGUAUACGGCCAGAAAGAGGUUAUAUGAAGAAAAAUGAAAAUUGAAGAGAAAGGGACUAUCCGGUACCACCACAGCCAGGUUUGCAUAAAGACAUAAGAAAUGAAGAGAUCAACUAUCCAAGAAAUUUUGAUUCCUUGCCAGAGUAUAAUCAAUCCCUAGUCAUAGUGAGUCUGAAAGCUCAACAUGCUGAUGCAGUCGUAAGAGCUCUAUGAAUUGUGUAAAUGGUACAAAAAUUUUGAUCUGAGAUGCACAGAUGGUUUCUAUUACUUUUUUUUUUUUUCCCCCUCCUUUUCUGACAAGUACAUAGAUGGCUUCUAUUACACUUCCUAACACAACAAAACUUCAAAAUUCUGUAUAAAAUCAACAAUGAAUAUCACUAAAAAGUAUGUCAUUAGAGAAAGUCUCACCAAAGACA